AUGCUGGUCGUCACAUGCCUGUCCAUCUUGGCCGUCGACUUUCCAAUCUUCCCACGUCGAUUCGCAAAGGUCGAAACUUGGGGGACGUCCCUGAUGGACCUGGGUGUCGGGUUGUUUGUCUUUUCGGCCGGUGUCGUGUCGGCCAGAUCGGUCGUCAAGAGAAAGUCCGGCACUCUGACGACGACAUCAUCAUCAUCAUUCACGUCUCGGUUUCUCGUGUCGCUUCGUCACGCCUUUCCCCUUUUCGUUCUGGGGGUGGUCCGACUCUUGUCGGUGAAGAAUCUCGAUUACGCCGAACACGUCACCGAGUACGGUGUACACUGGAAUUUCUUCUUCACCCUGUGUCUGUUACCACCGUUUGUCGAAAUAUCCGACACUCUAUUCAUGGGUCGUCACCACGCCGUGGUGGUACCCCUCUACGGGUACGACGUCUUGGCCGUCGCCAUCAGCUUUACCUACGAGAUCAUCCUCAACAGUCACCCUACCUUGUUGAGGUACAUCUUGAUUUCUGAACGUGGUCCUGGUUGGUUGUCCAAAAACCGCGAGGGGGUUUUUUCCUUUGUCGGUUACCUUGCGAUUUUUUUGGCCGGUAGAGGUACUGGUGGACAAGUCGUCACGUUCAACUUGCCAUCAUCAUCAUCAUCAUCAUCAUCAUCAUCAUCGACAGCCAGUACCAAGACCAAGUCUCGACCGAUACCUCCUCCCAUCGAAACGCGUCGAGAAAGACUUUUGCUUCUUCGGACCCUUUUCAUCCGAACCAUGAUUUAUUCUUCGUUGUUCAUCUUCACCACCGACCAUCACUGGUACGGUGGUAACCUGACCGUUUCUCGACGUCUGGCAAACCUACCCUAUGUCCUUUGGGUGGCCGCUUUCAACAACGCCCAACUCUUCUUGUUCGGGGUCGUCGAACAUUUGGGGCCCGACUUUUCUUAUUCUACCAACGUCGACACCAACACCACCAACAACAACGACAACAACAACUCGGACGGCGACUCGAAACAAAAGGUCAUCGCGACGACCGGCAGCACCUCACGAAUCCUCGGCGCGUUCAACAACAACGGUCUGGCGAUUUUCUUGAUCGCCAACCUAUUGACCGGUCUGGUCAACCUCACCCUCAACACCCUAGACAUGGCCCCCUUGUCCGCCAUGGCCAUUUUGGUCUCGUACGCCGCCGUCGUGACCGCGGUCGCUUUGGGCCUGGAUCGCUCGGGUAUCAAAAUCAAGCUAUAG